AUGCGUUUCCUGUGCCGCGCGCGGCAGUGGGGGCCGUACGUGCCCGCCGCGGCGCUGGGCGGGCCACCGGGCGACAGGGAGGGCGAGCGGAGGGCGUUCGUGCGGGAGGUGAUGGAGGUGAUGUUUGGGGCGGACGGGGCGGACGAGUAUGAUUAUGAGUACGAGGAGGGGGACGAGGAUGCGGAGGCGGAGGCGGGGACAGACGCCGUGGAGGAGGACGAGGGCGAGGAGAGCGUGUCGUCCGGGGCGGUCGUGUAUAGGGGGGAUGAGGACGACGACGAAGCGCGCGCAGAGGAGAGCGACGACGGGGCAGAGAAGCCAGCCCUCUACCUCUACGACGACUCCUCUGACGCGCACGAGAGCUACUCGGACGACACCGGCGAUUCCGACGACACCAACGAUGUCGACGACGCCCACCUCCCAGGUUCGCUGGACGACAAGUGGCGCAUCGGCUCGUGGGCGGGCACCGCCACGCUCCCGCUGGCGGCGGGCCUGCGCCCCGACUGGGCAUUCCUCUGCGCCGUGCGCGUCGUCGUCGAGGCCAACAUGCGCGAGGCCGUCGGCGCGCGCGAGCUCGGCGGCCUGCUCGCGCUCGAUGCGUUGCGCACAGGCAGCGCGCCGCUCGACGCGCGGAGCGACGGCGAUGCCGCGUGGUUUGCGGGCGCCGCGAAGGCGGGCGCGGGGUUCGCGGACGGGAUGUGGGACUGGGCGGGCGUCACCGGCGUGUGGAGGCCAGUCUUCAUCGCCUCGGACAAGGCGCACGUCUCCGAGAGCACGCUGCGGGAGGCGGUGCGCAUCGUGCCGCUGCGGCUGCGCGUGAUCGCGCACGGAGCCCCUGCGGUGCCUGCGUGGCCCGGGCGGCCGACGCUGUACGUCGAGGGCGAGACGAGCGGCUCGAGCCAGAACGGCGCGAUACGGCGCGUGCGCGGGACAGUGUCUGCGCUCGCCGACGGGAGUGCGCGGUGGUCGCUUGGUCUGCUCGGUGCGGACGACGGACAUGAGCAGUGGAUGAGCGAAGGCGUGCAGCUGGGGGGGCCGUCAAGCAGCAUGGGGGUGCUCGGGCUCUGGACGGGAUCGCAACAUGAGCGAACAGACCCAGGGCGAACACACUAA